AUGAAAGCACUUAUUCUAGUAGGAGGUUACGGUACUCGUCUGAGACCUUUGACCUUGUCUGUUCCCAAGCCACUCGUUGAGUUUGCCAACAAGCCCAUGAUUUUUCACCAAGUCAAGGCUCUCGCCGAAGCUGGUGUCACGGACAUUGUUUUGGCCGUUAAUUACAAGCCUGAGGUGAUGGUCGGUGCUCUGAGAGAGUACGAGAAGGAGUGUGGGGUAAACAUCACUUUCUCUGUCGAAGAGGAACCUUUGGGAACUGCUGGUCCUCUGAAGCUUGCUGAGAGUGUUCUGACCAAGAAUGACGAACCUAUUUUUGUUCUGAACUCGGACGUGAUCUGUGAUUACCCUUUCAAAGAUCUUGCUGCUUUCCACAAGGCCCACGGUGCUGAAGCCACCAUUGUGGCCACUAAGGUCGACGAACCAUCCAAGUAUGGUGUUAUUGUUCAUGACAGAGACAUUCCAAACUUAAUUGACCGAUUCGUCGAGAAACCAGUUGAAUUCGUCGGAAACAGAAUUAAUGCUGGUAUCUACAUCAUCAACCCAUCAGUCAUCAGUUUGAUCGAGAUGAGACCCACCUCUAUCGAGAAGGAGACCUUCCCUCUUUUGGUUGAGAAGAAGCAACUGUACUCUUACGAUCUUGAAGGAUACUGGAUGGACGUUGGGCAGCCAAAGGAUUUCCUGUCAGGAACCUGUCUUUAUCUCUCAUCCCUAGCUAAGAAGGAACGUAGUGCACUCACUCCCACUUCUGAGCCUUUCAUCAACGGUGGAAACGUCUUAAUCGACCCUACUGCCAAGGUUGGUAAGGACUGUAAGAUAGGUCCUAAUGUCGUGAUUGGACCAAACUGUGUAAUUGGAGACGGUGUCAGAAUUCAGAGAUCUGUUAUUCUCAAGAACUCCAAUAUCAAAGACCACGCCUGGGUUAAGUCCACUAUUGUCGGAUGGAACUCUACUGUUGGUAAAUGGGCUAGACUUGAGGGUGUUACUGUCUUGGGAGAAGAUGUUACUGUCAAGGACGAGAUCUACGUCAACGGUGGUAAAGUUCUUCCUCACAAGUCUAUUAGCGCCAACGUUGACACUCCACAGAUUAUCAUGUAA